CUGAAGUUCCAUGCUAGGCUAUAUUUCAGUAUGGAUAAUCAAUUAUCAUAGUUCACAGUACAGUAAAACAAUACAUCUCAUGCAUUUUAUCACAUUUCACUAUACAAAAAUAUAGAUUUACAUACACAUUAUGUAACAAUCCUAAGACACUACCUUGCAAUUUAACUAACAAUGAGAAUGUUAUAGUGAUACAAAGAUGAAUAAUCUACACAAACAUUUUAAUGUAUAAGCUGCUUUAAUGAACUUGAAUAGAUUUGACUAAUUAAGACAAUUAAUUAUAAUUAAAACAAUAUUGCAAACACAUGGACAUAAAUCAUUCUGUUAUUCUAAUCAUAGUUUUUUCAUCAACUUCUAUUCCUUUUUCAUAAAAUAGUAUAAAUUACAUUGAAAGUCUUCAAGUAAUUUUUGAUAUUUUGCUUGAUUUACACAUGAAUCAUAUGUAGCACUUAUGACAUAGUUACCAGGGUAACUGGUAUUUAUUAUAGAAUCUUAGGUCUAAUACAUGUAUAUUAAUAAAGUAUAUUGAACAGAGAAUAAUUCAAUGCAGUUUAUUCAAUUUCUUUAUACAAUACAAUGCAUUGCCAUUGGUAAGUAGUCACUGGUUUGCUAUAUUCAGCCUUUGCUAUAAUUAAUCACUCAUCACAUUGCAAUAAAAACCCAUGUAUUUUGUAUUCUUCCAUGAUUUCAGCCUUACUGGAUGACGUCUUCCAAUUAGUUCACUAUUAUUCAGCCUUUGCUAUAAUUAAUCACUCAUCACAUUGCAAUAAAAACCCAUGUAUUUUGUAUUCUUCCAUGAUUUCAGCCUUACUGGAUGACGUCUUCCAAUUAGUUCACUAUUAUUCAGCCUUUGCUAUAAUUAAUCACUCAUCACAUUGCAAUAAAAACCCAUGUAUUUUGUAUUCUUCCAUGAUUUCAGCCUUACUGGAUGACGUCUUCCAAUUAGUUCACUAUUAUUCAGCCUUUGCUAUAAUUAAUCACUCAUCACAUUUCAAUAACAACCCAUGUAUGUUGUAUUCUUCCAUGAUUUCAGCCUUACUGGAUGACGUCUUCCAAUUAGUUCACUAUUAUUCAGCCUUUGCUAUAAUUAAUCACUCAUCACAUUUCAAUAACAACCCACGUAUGUUGUAUUCUUCCAUGAUUUCAGCCUUACUGGAUGACGUCUUCCAAUUAGUUCACUAUUAUUCAGCCUUUGCUAUAACUAAUCACUCAUCACAUUGCAAUAAAAACCCAUGUAUUUUGUAUUCUUCCAUGAUUUCAGCCUUACUGGAUGACGUCUUCCAAUUAGUUCACUAUUAUUCAGCCUUUGCUAUAAUUAAUCACUCAUCACAUUGCAAUAAAAACCCAUGUAUUUUGUAUUCUUCCAUGAUUUCAGCCUUACUGGAUGACGUCUUCCAAUUAGUUCACUAUUAUUCAGCCUUUGCUAUAACUAAUCACUCAUCACAUUUCAAUAACAACCCAUGUAUGUUGUUUUUUCCAUGAUUUCAGCCUUACUGGAUGACGUCUUCCAAUUAGUUCACUAUUUGCCAUAUCUUUUUCUGUCUUCGUCAAUCUCCAGUUUUCGUCUCAUAAUUGCUUCAUUCUUCACUUUGAUCUUGCGGAUUCUGUUCUCAAGUUCCUCACCUGCAAACAAGACACAUAUAAAGCAUUGAAAUAUGUGUCAUCACUACAUGAAAUAUGUGUCACAAUACACCAUAGGAAUAUGUGCCAUAAUACAUAAAAAUAUGUGUCAUAAUAAAUUGAAAUAUAUAUAAUUUAUAUUGAAAUAUAUGUCAUCAUAUACUGAUAUGUUAUAUGUAGCUGAAAUAUAUGUCACCAUAAUAUAUGUCACCAUUAUUGUUUUGUACUCCACAUUUUCAUACUGAGCAACUAUUUGGUCCGAUUUAUAUGAUUUACAUGUACAUUAUUAUGACUAAAAUUAUAACAGUA